AUGAGUGUCUUGCGUUGAAAGAAUCACGCUGUAUAUAUAUAUGUAUAUUGUAUACCUACUUUAUAACAACAAUGAUUGCACAACAGUAGUAUUAUUGGCAGUUAAUAUUUAACACUCGUCCAAUACACUUGGCCUAGGGUACCGACACGCUGUUACGCUUACAAAAUAAUUUUGGAGAAUACCAUUAAUAUAUAUUAAAAUGUCUAGUAAGACUAGUUUAUUUAAGAAGUUCUAUAUACUAUACCAAAUUAUUGGAUUAGUACUAAUAUAUUUUGUAUACUAUUGGAUUGUUCAAUACCGGGGAGGAUUUAGUUUUACCGAACCAAAAAUAAUAUUCAACUGGCACCCAUUAUUGAUGACAAUCGCAUUCCUUUAUUUAUUUGCAAAUGCUAUUCUUCAUUAUCGCACAUUUCCAAAUAAUACGAAACAAAAAUUAAAAAACCAACAUGCGCUUAUUCAUGGUUGUAUAUUAAUCCUUAUCGUAUUAGCUGGAUUUGCUGCUUUUGUUUCGCACCAAUAUGGUAAACCUCAAAUUCCUCAUUUGUAUUCUUUACACAGUUGGUUGGGAGUUAUCACUAUUAUAAUGUUCCUAUCCCAGCUUAUAAGUGGACUCUGGUGUUUCUUGUAUCCCGGAGUAGCUGCCCAACAUCGAGAAACUUUGGCACCAUAUCACGUGUUAUUUGGCAUUUGCAUUUUCAUUUUAGCAGUUGCAACUGCUUUACUAGGAUUCUGUGAAAAAAUAAUAUUUGCUCUGAGUGAUAAAUACAAACUGUUGCCGGCAGAAGCUGUACUUGGAAACAUUUUAGGCAUUGUUUGUGUAUUUUACUGUAUACUAGUAGUUUAUAUGAUAACUAAACCUGAGUUCAAGAGACAACCUAAAUUAGAAUACGAGACUUUACUUAAAUGAAAUGGAAUUUUAGAUACCUAAUGUAAAUUUUAAAGUUUUGUGUGUUUGUAAUUCAAGCAAAGAUGUUGACUGAACUUGUUAAUAAUAGAAAAAUUUAUUAUUCGGUUUUUAUUAUUUUGAUAUUUAGUAUUAAGACAGAUGCAAAUUUAAAUUAUUUGAUAUUUAUAUUGAAAUACAUAUAUAAUUAGCUGAAGAAAUAAAUAAUUAGUAAUUAGUUAUUAAUUAUCUCUCUAAUUACUUUAUAGAUUAGUAUAAUGUUUACAUUGUACGGUUAUGAGAAAAUGAGUAGUUAUUUGCAAAUAGUAUUUCUUGCACAAUGUCCCGUCAUUUCGACGCGGCAAUCUUGACGAGCGUCAAAUGGACGCGCCCAUUUGGACGAACGACAAUAUUGGACGCAUACGUAAUUUCGACGCAUGCAAUUUUGACGCUACCACUUUUAGGUGCAAGUCAAUUUUGACGCAAAAAAAAUAUAAUUUUAUGUUUAUUAUAAUAUUAAGUAAAAUAAUACGAAGUUUAUCUUUUUAUUAUAUUAUUAUACAUAUAGUAUAAUAUAGUAUUUAUAUAUUUUAUUA